GGAACCCUGUCAGACGGGACCAAACUGUAAACAACACGAAUUGACGCCUGGAAUUCGUCUAUUAUAAGCUUAAAAUUUAAUAUAUAUUUAUAUUAUAAGAUGGAAACCUUCAUUAAAAGUGAAUGAAUUCGUUAGAAGGAGAAAGAGUGAGUUAUAAGAAGAGAAACGGGGUUCGGUUUGGGCCUGCUCGAGCUGAAGAGUUCACCUGUGAUCAGGUGCACCUCCAUCAUCCUCGUGCUCAUCGCUUUUACUAUAAUAUUAAUUAUUAUCAUUAUAUUUUAUACGUUUUUUACCCGGUACUGGUGCUGUUUAACAUAACCCGGUUUAUUACUGAACGCCUGUGUGUGCUGUUAUACUGGAUUUAUAAAGAAGUCUGUAUUGGCAUGGCUGCCAGAGCUGCGGAGGACCCGGAUGAUGCAGGGGAUUCGAUCAGAAAGCAUCACAAACAGGCGUUCGAGUCCAUCUCGGCAGCUCUGAGAAUCGACGAGGAUGAGAAAGGUGACAAAGACCAGGCCGUGCGGUUGUACCGCAGGGGCAUCGCCGAGCUGGAGAAGGGCAUCGCCGUGCACGUGGCGGGAUCCGGCGAGAGAGCCGAGCGAGCCAGGAAGCUCCAGCAUAAAAUGUGCAACAACCUGAGCAUGGCGCAGGACCGCCUGGACCUCCUGGGUAAGAGCGGGUUGCCAGCCAGCUGCUUCUCCAAAAAGUCCGGCUCCUCUCAGUCCCUGCCGAAGAACAAGCCCUCGAGACCCCCCGCAGCCGCCCUCCAGCGCACCGCCAGCUACACCGGGCCCUCGUCGGGUCGGGCCGGGCCCCAGGCCAACCACCGGGCUCCCGCUGGACGGGGCGUCGCCCGAGAGAACCGUAGGCCCGGCGCCGCCCCGGCGAAGAGGGACAUGAAGAACUUCAAGAACGUGGACAGCAAACUGGCCAACCUCAUCCUCAGCGAGAUCGUGGACAGCGGCUGUGCGGUGAGGUUCGAGGACGUCGCCGGUCAGGAACUGGCCAAGCAGGCGUUACAGGAGAUGGUCAUCCUGCCCGCCCUGCGCCCGGAGCUGUUCACAGGACUGAGAGCGCCGGCCAGAGGCCUCCUGCUGUUCGGGCCCCCCGGGAACGGGAAGACCAUGCUGGCUAAAGCCGUCGCCGCCGAGUCCCAGGCCACCUUCUUCAGCAUCAGCGCCGCCAGCCUGACCUCCAAAUACGUGGGUGAAAGUGAGAAGCUGGUACGCGCCCUGUUCGCCGUGGCCAGGGAGCUGCAGCCGGCCAUCAUCUUCAUCGACGAGAUCGACAGCUUGCUGUGUGAGAGGAGAGAAGGAGAACACGACACCAGCAGGAGGAUGAAGACCGAGUUCCUGGUGCAGUUCGAUGGGGUGCAGUCGGGAGGUGACGACCGGGUGCUGGUGAUGGGAGCCACGAACCGUCCUCAGGAACUGGACGAAGCCGUCCUCAGGCGCUUCGCCAAGCGGAUCUACGUCACCCUGCCGUCUGAAGAGACCCGGCUGAAGCUGCUGCAGAGUCUUUUGAGCAGACAUGGCAACCCGCUGGCACAGAAGGAGCUGAGUCAGCUGGCCAGGAUGACGGACGGCUACUCCAGCAGUGAUCUGACCUCCUUGGCCAAGGACGCCGCGCUCGGACCCAUACGCGAGCUGCGCCCGGAGCAGGUCAGGAACAUGGCGGCCAACGAGGUGAGGAACAUCCGCUUCUCCGAUUUCGUCGAGUCCCUGAAGAAGAUCAAGAAGAGCGUGAGUCCUCCGACCCUGAACGAGUACGCCAGGUGGAACCGGGAGUACGGAGACACGACGGCUGUAUGACCCUCACACACACACACACACACACACACACACACACACACACACACACACACACACACACACACACACACACACACACACACACACACACACUCCUUCCUGCGUGACCUCUGGACUCACAACAGAGACUCACGGGCUUUUUUUGUUUGUUUAUUAAUAAUAAAGGUGACGAGUGUUA